AUGCAUAAAAUAUCGUCAUAUGCAGGAAGACAUAAGCCAUUAGUUGCAGGGGCGAGCAAAGAGUUGAGAUUUAUGAUGACUUUAUCCACUGUGCCUAACGGCUCUCUGCCACCACCGGUGACAAGCCAAGCUCCGGCACCGGCGUUAGCCAUUCCCGUCAGCCGGCUCCGGCGAGCAACAGCCAUUACGUCCAACUGUCCGGUGACCUUUUCCGGCGAUUGUCUUGAAGAAGUGGCAGCAAAGGCGGCAAAUAUCCAGAUUUUUCUGUCGGGAGUUGGUAUAGUGGCUGAGGUAUGGGAUGGUAGAGUAAGGUCAUGUUCNGCUUGUGUCCAGGAGACUAGGUGGGUAGGAUCGAGGGCGAGGGAUGCGGACGGGUAUAAGUUGUGGUACUCUGGAGUCACGAAGGGUAAGAAUAGAGUGGGUAUUUUGGUGGACAGGGAGCUUCGAGAGUCGGUGGUAGAGGUCAGGCGAAUGAGUGAUAGAUUAAUGACUAUUAAGCUAGUGGUUGGGGAGUGCACUCUAAAUGUAAUUAGCACUUACGCACCGCAUGCAGGCUUGGAUGAGGAGGUCAAAAGGCGCUUUUGGGAAGGGUUGGAUGAGGUCGUGCGUAGUAUCCCGUUUGCUGAGAGGUUAUUUAUAGGAGGAGAAUUCAAUGGUCAUAUUGGGUCGACUUAUGAUGGCUAUGGCGUGGUGCAUGGAGGCUUUGGCUUUAGGGUUAGGAAUGGAGGAGGUACUUCGUUGUUGGAUUUUGCGGAGGCAUUUGAGCUGGUGAUUGCAAACUCUAAUUUUCCGAAGAGGGAGGAGCAUUUAGUUACUUUCCAAAGUACAGUGGCGAGGACCCAGGUUGACUACAUCCUCCUAAGAAGGUGUGAUAGAGGGUUGUGUAAGAACUGCAAGCUUAUACCGGGGGAGACUCUCGCGACGUAG